AUGGAUAAACUGGGUGAAUUGAAAAUCGAUGCUCGAAAAAAAUCGAAAAGUGUUGAUUUUCGGAUGCCGAAAAUAGGCGAAUCGCUAGACAAAUUUCAAAAGCGGCUGAACUUGAAACUACUGGCCCAAGGACGCUUGCACUUCAUUAAAUACUUGGAGUCGGUCAAGGGCCAGUUGACCCAAGAGCAAUUCGAUCUCAUUCGCUCGUCGGCGUUAAACCAGGACAAUCUUAUGGCGACCAGCGACAAACUGCAUGCCAAAAAUAUCGAGACCAAGUAUUUGCUGAUCAAAAGGCGCUUUUACGUAGACGCAGAUAAUGUCGUUCGUGAUCACAAGAACAAAGAUACCGUGGUGUGCGAACCAGAAAUGAUAUUUGAUUUGGUUCUCUGUGGACACUUGAAAAACGAGCAUAUCCAUUGGCGCAGACUACAUCGUUUUCUGAAAUUGGAAUACGCAAAUAUCACCCGGGAUUUCACGCAGCUAUGCGUGGGGUACUGUUCUGAAUGCAACGCCGACGGGCGAAUGCGGCCUCAGCAAAAAUAUCGACAUUACAAUAUUUACAGUGGCCUGUUUCCGCUUGAAAGAGUUCAUGUCGAAAUCAUCACACCAUUCACAAAACCUAUUGAGGGAACUUACGCCCACCUUUUGUACUUCAGAGAUUACCACUCGCGAUUUGUAUGGAUGCAGCCUUUAAAAUCCGAUAGCGCCAAAGACUUGGCCCAAGCACUCUCAACUUUCUUACUAUCAUUACCUCGAAUCCCCAUUUUCAUUGAAACAAGUACUUUGAAUAGGCAGGAUCUGUUCGAAGUUUGUGAGUCAAUCUCCAGCCAAUUCGCACUAACUAUUGGCCUCGGAAUGAGUCGGUCAGUUGUAUUUCAGAAAAAUGGAAUCUCGAGACUGCGAUAUCAGCUUCGAUUGCAUCAAAAACAGUGCCUGGAUAGCUGGCAUAUGUGUCUUAAGUAUGGGGCGACCAACCAAAAUUCAUCUUACAACACAAGGAUUUUAGCAAUACCAGGAAAUUUGCUUUACAGCACCAUAAGUGAUUACGCAAGGCAGUUCGAGUUAAAGCGCGAAGAAUUAAUGGAGAAACUCAGUGCUAGUAACGUAGUGGAACUAAGAAGUAAUGGGCGACGGCAGGGCACGCUUUAUUUGGAGGACGAAGCUAGCGCCUUCAAAAUGCCAGAUGAAGAGUACAUUUCUGCAGAUUUCGAGACCGAAAGUUAUGAAGACGAAGAUCUGCCACCUAUAGAUGAUAGGACCCCGAUAAAUUCUUCACCAAAAGUUUCAAAUUUCACGGAACCCCCAAGUUCAAUUUCAAAGAAGUUAUUGUUAAUGUCAGAUAAACCUGACGCAAACAUGAGCCCUGAAAUAACGAGGCCUCUGGUUUUUGAAAAUAACGACUCGCAAAGGUAUGCUACGGGCAAUGUUUCGAUAGAGCUUUAA